AUGGAUCCCAUGGUCAGACCACCGGGGUAUGUCCUCUGUCCAGAAACACAACCGGAUGAUGUCCCAGUUCCCACCUCCCCUAGCCAGAUUGCUCCUAUCAAUGUGCAGUGUCUGCUUUUUUUGGAAAAUGAUCACGGCCUUGGCCCGCUUGAGCCCAUAGUCCAAUGGACUAAAGUGACAUCGCCAACCCGUUCUACCCCGUGGAAUACCGACCUCCAGUCAAUGGACUGGAAGCAGUUUCAAGACGGGGCUUUAAUAUUUUUAUCAAGUUCUACUGCCUACCUCCUCCCGGCAAUGCAAUACGCCAAUAUCGGAAAGACCAUCGACUGGUUUGCGUCGAUUACCAACCACCCGAAAUAUCCAAGCCCAGAUGGCAUUCGACUCCUUGGGCAACUCGACUACUUGGCCUUUGGCGCGGCGGCGCAUGCGGCUUACCCAGCUGAGUUUGAGUGGCGCUUAACAAAAAUCCGCGGAGGACGCGCUGCCUCAACCGUGCAAGCGCCCGAGCUGCUUUCCCAAUCAUCAAAGAGUGAUGAGGCAAGCAUUGCCCAGACCCGUGAUGCCGAAGAAUUGUCGAGCACAGACAAUGGUUCGGACGACUAUCCAUUGGCUCUCACCGACCGACACGUCUCCAAGCACCAGCGUUACAAUCGCAAGACCCCAAUACCCCUCAGUGUAACUAGCGGCAGCGAAACCGGAACUCUAGUACUCCCCAAACGCCUCUUUCUCCCCGAAAUUCAUGCCGAUGUCCACCCAAAUAUCGCGCCGAAAGUCAAAGUCCCCAGAUCUCCGAUGCCUCCACCACGAAGAGACAUGGAUGAAAUCACAAUGGACACCUACUUGCGCGUGGCCAAGGUUCCAGACGACGACAGGCGCACCCGAGAACGACUUGCUGACCAUGGAAUCACCCACUGGUCUUUCUUUCGGAGAUGCGACGAGGACGACUUGAAAGACCUUGGCUUCACGGCCGGGGUGGCCCGUUUGCUUUGGGAGGGAGUCCCACGAUUACACGAGUAUUGUGAUGGGAUAGAGAACAACAAUUUCAUUACCUCCCGCUCCCCUUGUGCCGGUUCCACUCCAGUAGCCACCCAUAAAUAG